AUGGUAACCUCACAAUCCGUCCACCACACCCUCACCGCGGGUGCGAAGCAUGAGCUCGAAGCAGAACGUACCAUGACACUUGGACAAGCACUCCGAAUGUAUCCCAAAGCGAUCAUGUGGUCCAUGGUUAUAUCACUACCCAUCAUCAUGACUGGUUAUGACCUAGCCUUGAUCGGAAACUUCUACGCUUUCCCUCAGUUCAACCAAAAAUAUGGAGAGAGGCUGGACGAUGGUACCUACGCACUUGCUGCUCCAUGGCAAUCUGCUCUCACCAACGGGGUUCUCGUUGGAGAGAUGCUAGGACUUCUAGCCAAUGGAUGGGCUUGUGAGCGCUGGGGAUACAAGUUCGUCACUCAGAUGUCGCUGGCAAUCUUGACCUGUCUGAUCUUCAUACCCUUCUUUGCCCCCACUGUCCAAGUGCUGCUCGUCGGUCAGAUCCUUUGCGGCAUACCUUGGGGCGCUCUCACCACUUUGACCAUCGCCUACGCUGCCGAUGUUUGUCCUGCUGCGAUCAGAGCUUACAUGACCAGCUACGUCACUCUGUGUUGGAUUAUCGGAUCUCUGCUCGCAACUGGUGUGCUGCGAGGCUUGCUUGACCGCAAAGAUGAAUGGGCCUAUCGCAUUCCUUUCGCGCUGCAAUGGAUGUGGCCGCUCCCCAUUUUCUGCGCUGUUUUCUUCGCUCCCGAGUCUCCUUACUGGCUGAUUCGUCACGAUCGUGUCGAGGAGGCUCGUCAUGCCAUCCGAAAACUCACUUCAGUUCCUACCGAGAAAGUCGAGGAUAUUCUGGCGCUGAUGACUUACACCACCCAGAUCGAAGAACUGUCCACUCAGGGAACUUCUUACUGGGAUUGUUUCAAGGGCACCAACCUCAGGCGCACGGAGAUCGUCUGUAUCUACGGCGGCGUCGUACAGACCUUAUGUGGCCAGGCCUUAGCUGGCCUGAGCGUCUAUUUUUUCACAAGAGCUGGACUUGAUCCCAGUCAUGCGUUCAGUCUUGGUCUAGGCCAAUUGGGCAUUCUGCUUGUCGGAUUCUUCCUCGGCUGGAUAUGCUUGAAUUAUGUUGGUCGAAGGCAGCUUGCUCUCAUUGGUCUAUCAAUGCUGAGUGUUCUACUCUUCAUCGUUGGCUUCUUGAGUCUCGCGCCCAAGACAAACACUGAUGCGUCCUGGGCCGCCGGGGUUAUGCUUGUUGCCUGGAGCUUUGUGGCCGGCGUCACAUUCUACCCAACAGUAUUCCCUAUACAGGGUGAAAUUCCCUCAACCAGACUCCGUGGUAAAACGAUUGUCCUCCAGCGCAAUCUCUACAACAUCGUCGGGGUAGUCAUGUCUGUCUUGAACUUAUACAUGCUAAACCCAACGCAGUGGAACAUGCAGAAACAAAUCGCCUUUGUGUAUGGAUCCACAUGCUUCUGUUGCGUUAUUUAUGUCUAUUUCCGCGUUCCCGAAUGUAAGGGACUGACCUACGCUGAGCUGGACAGUCUGUUCGACAGGAAAGUCGACGCCAGGAGAUUCACAACUUCUGCGGCUGACCCCUUCUUCGAUCAGCAAUACGAUGCGAAGACUGAGAGCAUAUAA